AUGGCGGAUGAUGUUUUGGCAGAGAAAAUGUUCAAUUAUAUCUGCGGUAGCGGCGGUUUUGUACAAUUAUCUGUUCUUUUAAAGCAGUCCUCGCCCUUGGGAAGUAGGAAAUCAGAGUUUGAACCGAAAACCUGGCUGUUGAGUCAAGCUGAUAAGCGUUUAGUGGUCCUGAAAGAUUUCAAUGGCGAGAUAGCAGGUGUGCGAAUUGAUUUAAGAAGAAAAAUAUGUCGACAAUAUCACGACAAAGGUUCUUGUCGAAGAGCUCAGGGGAAGUGUAAGUUCUGGCAUAUUUGUAAAGGAUUCAUCGAAGAAAAUUGCGAUGGCAAAUGCAACCGCUCGCACAACUUUUUUGACCCAGAAAACAACGAGAAAACAAAAGAAUUGGGGCUGGCUAAAUAUCAGAACGGGACUUUAAAACAUAUUGUUGCGUGGAGCCUGCCACAGGUUUGUGAGCUGUAUACAAGAGGUAUAUGUACGUCGGAUUCAUGCUUAUACCUUCAUCUUUGUUCUCAAGCUGUCCGAAGUUCAGCGUGUUCUUGUUCCGCUUUGUCACACAACCUCACGGAUUCUCACAACAUGAAGAUUCUCAAACAGUAUGAUCUGGUGCCUCAUCAGUCGAUGUCAACAGAUUUUGUUCGGUGCAAUAUCUUGGUUCCGAAGGAACAGCGUGUUCUUCACAAAGCUCAUGAUUUUUUACCCAGUGUUUGCAACGCCGGUGAAAAUUCCUCUAAGGAAGCGAUGGGAGUCAUACAAGGUACUAAAAAACAAUCGCCGGAAGUGUCUGCACCAUCCAGACUCGAAACUACAACAUCUCCGUUCAAUACGAAACAAAGCUCUUACGAUAAUAUUAAAGAAUCCGAUGCUGCAUGCAGUUUUCAAGAUCGAGCUGAAUUUGAGAAGAAGAAUUGCCCGUCAAAUCUUUUGCAAGAGAAGACAAACAAGUCGGGAGCACCAAUCUGUAAGCAAACCGAUCGUAUUAACAAUUUAACGAGUAAUGCAGUAUCACCUUCUGAGAGUAUGCUUGAGUUUUCAAAUAUUCAAACUGGAGACGAUUCUGAUACCUCCUUUGAUGAAAACAAGCCUGCAAAUAGAAACACCACAGCCGUUGGAUGUAAAUAUGAUAAGAAAAAUUCGGUUGAUGCCAUGAAAGUUGUUGGUUUAAAACAGAAUCCUAUAAACAUGAUGAAAAACGAAUUGGAUGGAAAUGAUUCGAUGAAAUGGGAGCAAGGAUCUUUGAUUGACAGUUCAAGAAAGGAUCCAAAUAUUGACCGAUCGCAAAAGAAGAAAAGCAGAAAUUCUGUGACUAAAGAGCAACAAACCAAGGCAAAGACUCAAGAGGUGGGAAAAAAUGCAGCCUGUAUGAAGGCGUUGAGUACACAACAACCGAAAAGUUUGGAUGUGUCACGUGACACAAAAGACAGUCAACGCCAACAUGAAUCCAACAGAGCCUCGGAAAGUGCCAAUAAAGAGCGGUUUGUGGAGGCCUGGUUGACAAGCCGCGAUUUCGUUGUUGAGUCUACUUUCAGUUGCACUGAUUCGCACAGGCUACCAACCUCACAAGAGGUGGAAUCUGGGCGUCAACGAAAGCUGUCUGUUUCCAGUUCUUGCAACUCUGUUCAAGACUCGCGUAAAUUUUCACCCUCCAAAAAGGCUGUUUUCGAUUGCAUUGUGAAAGAAUACAAUGGCACGGUGUCCUUUGAUGUCAUUUCAAAACGACAAGAUUUGUUUCCCAACGGUUGUGGGGACAUUGCCAAGUGGUUUAGAGCAAGAUCAAAAGAAAGCUUUUUAAUCAGAGAAAAGGAAGGAAUCAUUUACGAGGUUAGUGCCUUCUGUCGAAAGGCAAGGUUUUGUUUCAAGGAAAAGUGUUCUCAGAAGGAUUGUCAGUACUUCCAUGUGUGUAGGGAGUACAUCGCUGGCUUCUGCAGGCGUGGUAUUGAAUGCCAAAGAAAUCACUGUUUUCAGUACGAUCAAGAUAGAAAGUUAAUUUCCAAACACAAGUUGGAUGGUUUGACAGAAGAACAACUCCGCAACGUGUUUCAGCUUUCUACGCCUCAAGUAUGUCUGGAUUAUAACAAUGGACGUUGCACCAACGGUUUGUCUUGCGCCCAAGUACACAUUUGCAAAGAUUUUAUCAAGAAGAGGUGCGACGAUGAGGAAGACUGUGGUCUUCGACACGAAAGCGCGUUUGCCGAAGCUCACACCACUGAUGUACUUCAGAAAUAUGGCAUGAGAGUCAUUGGAGGCAACUUCAGUUCAGUGCUUCGCACGCUUUUGGUAUGCCAGGAGAACAUUUCCAGUGGUUUGAAAGACCCCAAGGGCAAUAUUACUGCAAAGGGCGUGACCACUAAAGGGAGCAAGGGAGUUCAGCACAUGUCAUCGAAAGUGGGCGUGACUGCAAGUGCCCCUGCUCAGCCAGCUGAGGUUAAAGUCUUCGAAUACCUUUGCAACGAAUACGAUUGUUCUGCUUCUCUUUCCGUGAUUUCCAAACGAACAGAUUUGUUCCCGUCUGAAUUUAAGGAUGUAGAAGCUUGGUUUCGAAACAAGAAAGGGAGUUUUCUCAUUACAGAAGACGAUCACAGAAAGAUAACCCAAGUGGACGCUUUCUCUACAAAAGCACGUUUAUGUCUAAGUUACAACAACUCUCAUAAUGGGGAGUGCACUAGAGGUAACUGUUCCUACUUACACGUCUGUAGAGAGUACAUAACCGAUUCCUGUAGCAACGGAGCAACAUGCCCGCGGAAUCAUCACUUCCAAGACGAGAGAGAAAGAGCUCUAUUGUCGAAGAUUAAGCUUGACAAGUUAACAGAUGAGCAACUUAGGAAGCUCGUUCUUUCAUCUACUCCCCAAAUCUGUGUAGAGUACAACAAUGGUUUAUGUGAUCUUGCUGAGUCGUGUUCUAAAAUACACAUGUGUAGAGAACAUUUGAAAAAGUGUUUUAGAAGGGGAUAUGGCUGUGACUUACUUCAUGAAGAAGCCAUGAACACUGAACACACCCAAGCAAUUCUUGAACGUUUUCAGCUGGGACACCAUAAAUCAGACCUGGUAAAGAAAAUUAUUCUUGUUUGUGAUCAGCGCGAGAAAUCCGCAUGUUCAAAAGAAAAAACUUCAGGUACGUAAUGUAAAAUUUUGUCGUCCCUAUGACAUCUCUAUUUAGGUAUACUGAAUUUUCGUUUUAAUACGCAUUUUCCGUGGUUAUGAAAAAGAGUCGCUUCCUACGUAGGACGCUAAAAACGUAGUAGUCUUCAAGGUCCACAUAAAGGUAGCUUAAUGCUGCGGUUUUCGAUCGAGAAACCCGGGGUACAAUAAGCCUUACUUAUUAAAUUACAUUGUCAGACAGUAAGAUUGAACAUCAUGAUUUUAGGGAAAAGGGAAAAGUUAGCUUUAUAUGACACAAUGAAAGUGUUUAAAAGAGGGAAGCUGCCAAUUAAAGACGGAGAGCUAAGACGGGUGUUAAGAAAUUUCUACCCUGGCCGAAGGUUUAGAAAAGUUGGAUUUUCCGUGACCGUUUUGAUCGUGAACGUUAUAAGACGGAAAACCAGUCUGACAAAAUGUAACAAAAUAGAAAUGAAUGAGUAUCAAUGUAAAUAAAAAGUUGUUAUCAUAUAUAUAAAUACUGCAUGAUAAUGCCUCAAUAGUCAGUGGGACAAAUUUUAGUUAUUACUGAACGAGCCGUCAUUUCUCUCUCUUUUUCACUCAAGGCAUUCUGACAGGACAUAUUCUCGUAAACGAGCCAGAUGCACCCAUUUGCCCAGCGUUUAUUCUUAGCAAUUGUAAGAAUGGUUCUAAGUGUACAGGCCAUCACUGCUUUUUGCCUUACCAUUGGCAAUAUAGCGCGGAUGCAGGUGAAUGGAAGAGUUUUAAUGAGAAAGACAACGAGAAGCUAGAAAAACUGUAUUGUGACGUGACACUUGAGGAAUGUUCUGCUACAGGCAUGCAAAUAUCAUUUGAAAGGUAUGUUAUAGUAAUUGUACACUGAGUAUCUUGUGAAAUUAAUGGAUUUUCUCUCAUUUACAGUUAUAAUAAUAAUGCGAAGUAAGUAGACAUACUUCAGCCCAAAUCUAAUGUAUGAGAAAAGAUUACGGAGUAUGGCCAAAUACAAGGGCUAAAGGCGAAUGAAGCAGAACAUUGGGAUUUUAUCUUAUGAUGCAUCUUUUUAAACAUGAAUUAUAGACCUCAUUCAUAACGGCGGCCUAUUACUGUGAAACUCACAAAACCGUGAACACCAGAAAUAUUUAUGAAAUGUUAUUGUGUUACGAGGAAUUAGCCAAUAAGGCGCGAGAUAAAUAACAUGCAAACAACAACGGUAAUUAGUUUGUGGUUUUGAGGUUUGCUUGCGUAUUCCUGAACUUUACUGUAAUUGGCCAGUACACAAUCAACUUUCCACGGUUUUCGGAGUUUGACAGUAAUAUACUAGAAAUACGUAUCUCGCAAUGAGUUUGACAGUAAUAUAUUAUUGUAUAUGUAUGAUAAUUAGCCAUUCUGGCCUCGUUAGCAUGUGAAAAAUACAAAAGAAUUUUAACUUUCAAACGAGUUCAGAAAGGCUAAUCAUCAUAAAUAUAAAACAAAAUUAGUAAGCCGCCAUUUUGAAUAAGGUCUAUAGCUUGACAUAAUUAUCAUUUUAAUAUUCAUAUUUUAGCAAUGGAUUUUUAUUCCUUGACGAGAUGUAUGAUGUCGAUAUUUUGCUCGAUAAUAAGCUGCUGAUUACACAGAAAGAUUUUGAGAGGUUCACGCAACUACGACGCCUAUCUACGGAGUCUGACGUAAACUCAAGUAACCCUCUAGCUACAGAGUGGAUAUGGUACUGGCAGGACGAAAAUGGACUCUGGAGGAUGUAUGACCAAGACCACACUGUGAGUAAAUAGUGGGAGAAAUCGUGAUAACUCAGUUGUAAGUAGCCUUACAGUCCUUCAAGGAAAGCGGUGCAAGGGGUGAGGGGUUGAUUCUGUUUAAAGGUUCUGGUGAGCCCCUCAAGGUGAUUUAAGCAUUAUGGGAUAUGGAAAGCUGCUCUAGGGGAUCUGUAAACAAUUCAGUUCGUUUGGGGGAAUGAAGAAAGUCGGGAAAUCUCUUGUCGCACGGCAGACAAAAAAGGGAGAAACCUUUUGUACGUCUACGGAAGUUAUUGCGUACUUACUGUACUGAAACUGAGAGGCAAAUGAUUUCUCCAAACCAGUAAGAGAUUUCAAAGAGUUUUAUCGUGGAAAGCCUGAGGUAAUCGAAAUCUUAAAUAUGAUUGACUUAGUCAUAAAAGCGAAUGAAAACACCUGUGAGAGGUUUCAUUUAUAUGGUCACAUGCCCGAUAGGAUGAAAAGUAUGUUGUCAGAGUUUUCCAUGGGUGUGAAAUCUUUACUAUAACAUCGUAUAUGGCUGUCGUCUCAGAGUAAUCGGGCAGAACCCCCGAUUAAGAGUUGGACUUGCUGGAUAUGUGACUUGUAUAUUAGGCCAACCCGACAAUUAUUCCAAGCAAUAUAUGGAGCGCGAGUAAAAUUCUAUAUAGAGCAGUGUAUGGUUCCUUGUCUCCACAACUUACCUUGUUAUUAAUAGGGCAAAGAUCUUCAAGAAUCCUUAGAAAAAGCCUUCUUGAACAAGAAAAACGAUUUCAAGUUUCGGAUUGCAGACCAGGAUUACAUUUUAAGUUUUAACCCAUCAACUGACAUGAGCCAGACAAACGUCAAGUACGGCACGACAAAAAAAGUAAGAAGAAGACCUAGAAAAUUUGUGUCCAAGGAUGACAUUUCCCAACUUAAAAGGUAUUCUGUGAUGUAGAAUUAAUUAAUGGCACGAACUUUAUCCCUUCCGACCGAUAUGAUGGGCCAAUUUCUUUCUGUCGAAGUAAUGAGCAUAAAAUCUCACACCUUCUUAGGGUGGCCAAAAGAAGUGUUUUAGUAAAGCUCUGUUUAUAAGGAUAAAAACUACUGUAGGUACCCAGCAAGGCACUAAUUUAUGUAAAAUAUAACCACGGGUGUGGUCGCUUAUUUAUGAUCAGUCACAAAAAUAUGUCACGUCAGAUGGGCCUUAGCCUCCUGCGUAGCCGCUCGGGCCGAAGUCACGCAAUGCUCCCGUCUCCCUCUUGAUGUGUUGUUUAAUCUGUUGGAAGCUGGUCACUUAUAGGCGAAGUGUGUGUCGUUAAAAUGACUUCAAUGUGAUUUUACCGUUUGGGUCAAUUAUGGAGCCAAUAGCCCCUUUGGGCUAACCUGGUGGUUCUGUUAAGGAAACCUUAUGAUGUUAGCAUUCAAGUGAAACGUCGGGUAAUAAUUCUCAGUUGCUCAGUUACUUACUAUAAAUUCACUGAAUUAUGCUAUAUGGAGCAUUCUUAGGAGAUAAACCUGGAUAACGAUGUGUCACUGCGUUACCAUCUUCUUUUUUAGGUCUCAGAAUGCAGUGAGCAUUCAGCAAGGGAGAAAUGCACGAGCCACCAAUAUGCCAAGUCACUGGUCUUCCAUGCCACCUAAGAGGCAAUAUCAACGUGUUCCGUUAUCACGAUUUUCUGACGAAUUUAAAGAAGUGGAAAAACUCUUCAAAAAGUCCAUCGAACGGAGUGUGUUAAUUGUUGGCAUUGAACGAGUGCAAAACCCUUUCAUGUGGGAAAAGUACCAAAGGUACUACUGAACAAAUGCAUUUAACGUAUACUAAGGUGUUAAAUGUUACGUCACCAAUGAACGUUUGCGUCGCUUAUUACAACCUUAGAGGUGUGAAGACACUCUAAUUGUCCCCAAAACAUGACAAAAGACGAUAUCAAAACAUAAGGAUCACGAGGGCUUUAACUGAGUGCCCCACCGAAUUUCGCGAGGGUUUGCGAGGCACUUUUUUCUAGUAUGGGCUGGUCAUUUGUGAUAAAUAGUGUUUUUCAAUACAGUCUUCAAUACAAAGUGUACUGAUGAGAGAUGGGGGAGGGGGUUGGGCUUAUUUAAAAGGCACGGGCUUACUAGAUUAUUUAUGGUACAUAAUUACCCUCAUAUACUUUAACUGCACCGUUCAUAGUGUUAUCAGAAGCAUAUAACCCCGGAGCGUAUAACUUUGUCGCAAUGCUGGGGUUUCUGUAGGGAACCAAUCAGAAUGUACUUCCUAAUAUGGAAUUACUGAUAAGCGGGGUUGUCGCUCGAGUGCUCUAUAGGAAAACUUGUAUCGCGAUGUAAAUAAUGCGGUGCAAAAAGCAUUUACUGUUUUACGAGGUAAUAUUUGACGAAAAUCGGAAUAAAUGACCAGAACUGAGUUAGUUCCUCCUAACAUGACAAAGUGGACUACCAAUGACACGUACCGUAAGAGACGCGAUUUCUUAAAGUUGUUACUUCAAAAACUGUUUUGCGUGACGAUUAGCGCAAAUAACCUUUAAAAAAUCACUUACUAUCUAUCUAAAAUAACUAGUAACACCUAUUUUCAAAUAAAAUUCACUAGAUGCUGUACUCGAAAGUAACAAUUGUAGAAGUGAUGCGUGUAAUAAGAAGAAUGAAACGCAAGUUAGUAACUGACUUAGAUGCCGGCGAUCAUGUUUUCAACUAAUUUUAUGAAUGAACAAAACAGAAAGCAAUGAACAGGCAAAUUGUUUCUUGAAAAAAUUUUUACUCGAAAACCCAUAAGUUAACACUGACUGGAUCGUGGAUCCGUUGCCACAAAUACAAUCGGUUGAGCAAAUGGCAAAAAUUAGCACUAAAAUUAUCUGUCGCAUUUCCCAAUUUUUCUUGAAAACUCUAUCAAAAAUAUAUAAAACGUCUAUGAAACAUUUAUAAAUACAUAAAUUUCCUUUCCAUAACGUACUUUCCUUGAGCAUAAUGUGUAAAAUAUAAGUUUACCUGAAAAUUCUUUGAAAAGGUUGUUAAGUUGGUCGCAGUUCAGAAAAGGAUCGAAGCGCUCCGCCGUGAAGGAAACAAUUAAGGUCGAAGUCCUCGAAGGUAAAUUUCGCAGGUUAAAACUUUUCUUUGAAAAAAUUCUUUCAAAAAUCAAAAAUUUACACUCAGAAAGAAAAGAUUCCGUCCGACUUCAUCGGCGCCUUGUACAACGCUUCUUCUGUUCUGCAAAGCUUGCCAUAUCAUUUAUUUUUUGUAGUCGCCAUGCCGCUUUUGCUGAAUGAGACCAGAAGUUGCAGAUACCUGCUUUGUUGUGGUAGGUAGGUUUGCAGCUAGUAGCCUGAGGAUGAUCUUUGUCGGUCAAACAGGUUGCAGAUAUAUUUUGCUGAUUUCGGCGAGAGGCUUUGCGAUGUGGUGGAGAAAUGUGCGCAUUCUUGUCUUACUUCGUGACUGGUCGAUGUUUUCAAGCCAUACCGCUUGCUUAUAACUUUGUGGCUCUUCAUGUUUUCCCAGGGUUGCAUUUUAUAUCAGCAUAAUUACUUUAUCUUUUAUCCCACGAAACGAUUUCUUUCGGUCGUAGACAUACAUGUAUAAUAAGCGUUGCAAGCUCAAAAUUUUAACCUUAAAUUCUCUGAUUCCAUAUUUGGGCAAAAUAAUCUUCUAUGCUUCUGAUUGGACGGUUGCGUCGACUAAAAACCCCCAGCAUGGUUCUAAACAGAUAAGGAGAAGUUAGACGCUUCGGGGUUAUAUGCUUCUGGUCUUGUUAACUCGGGUUGCUCUAGGCUCUUUCUUACUUCCACUCGUUUCUUACAGUAAGCUCCUUUCCAUCCCAGCCUCUCUUUCCCUUCUCAAGGACACUUGAGGGGCCGAGGGAUUGGAUUUGAGGAGGAGAUAGCCACAAAUUAGGUUGAAAUUUAUGACAUCGGUGCGUGUAUUUUCGUUAUUGAAAAACCCAGAUGCGCGCGCGAUCUUCAGGUGUUAAUCCUCUUCUACAGUCAUUUAUUAUCAUUUAUAUUAUAAGCAUGAUUCAAUAUUAAAGCGAAUAAUAGGAUUUCAAGGCCAAAAAUAAAAGUUGACUUUGAUUAUUAACUGUAUUUUAUUCAGGAAAAAGGAAAACAUGGCAGCAGCGAGGAUUGGCUCUACCAAGGGACGGUUUGUUAACGAGAGGCAAUUGUUUCAUGGAACUAACCCUGAAAUUGUAGAAGCUAUCUGUAAACAGAACUUUGACUGGCGUCUUCAUGGGAAAAACGCAACUGUUUACGGUGAAGGAAGCUAUUUUGCAUUAAACUCCUCGUACAGCGAUAGUUACGCUAAGGAAGAUACCAAAGGGUCUAAGUUCAUGUUCGUGGCCAAGGUCCUCGUUGGGUCUUACACAAAGGGCCAGUCUAGUUAUCGAAGGCCACCGUCAAAGGAGCCCUCGAACCCCGCAAGUGAUCUGUACGAUUCCUGUGUUGAUGACAGGUCAUUUCCAACCAUUUUCGUCGUUUUCGAUACUGAUCAGUUCUACCCGGAAUACAUAAUCGAGUACUCCACACCUCGACGCUCACCGGCAGCAAUGGGAUUAGCAGCUAGAGCGCAUUACAACGCUGGCAGCCCAUCCACCAGUUAUCAGUCGACCACAAGCUCGAGUGUGCGUUCGCGCGUUCAAGCGCCUUAUUCAGGUGUAACCAGUGGUAUAGGCGGUUACACUUCCACAUCCAGCACAACGUAUAAUUCUUCAUCUGCAAAUUAUUAUCAUUCACCCAUAGCAGGAAUGAGCCCAUAUACCAGUGCCUCAAGCCAAUAUCAGUCUCCUCCAAUGGCGUCAACAACUACUUCACACGCGUACUCUGGCGCGUCACGCAAUCAUUCGGUUUCACCUUCUUCAUCUCGGUCAUCCAGUUCUUCUAACAAUAACAAAUGUUUAGUCAUGUGA